GUCGUAUAAUUACUUGAAUUAGUCUUAAGCAUUCCAUGCGUCAUUCCUCAAAUUUUGGUACAUUAUUUUGUCCGUUCUUAAUUUUUAUAUUCACCUAUUGAAUCAGCUUGGCCGUCUUGAGCCGGAUUGCAUUUUAUUGACUCAUGUUGACAUCGGUCCCAACUUGAUUCUAUUAAUAGCCCGAGAGCCGAGUCUCUUCAUUGCAAGCCUAAUAGCACCCACGUCGAAAUCUCUACAACCUCAAGAAAAUUUCGCAAGUGUUUCUUUGCCUUCUCUCUUUUUCGCCCUCGGAAGCUUAAAAGAGCAUUAUUAAGUUUUUCCAGUCAUGGCAUCGUCCAUUAUCUUCAUGACCCUAGCUUUAGUUGCAGCAAUUGUUCCUGUAUCCGUGAUGGGCACUGAGUUCAUGGUUGGAGAUGACAAGGGCUGGACCCUCAACUUCGACUACCAAGCCUGGGCCGAGGGGAAGCAGUUCUACGUCGGCGACAAGCUCGUUUUCAAGUAUCCGGGGGGCGCCCACAAUGUCUUGAAAGUCAACGGGACUGGCUUCCAAGAGUGCGUGGCGCCGGCGGGCACCGUGGCUCUGACCACCGGGAACGACGUCAUUACCCUUUUGACCCCAGGGAGAAAGUGGUACAUCUGCGGCGUCGGCAAGCAUUGUGCGUCUGGCAACAUGAAGCUAGUCAUAACCGUGCUGCCAAAAAUGGAGUCGCCAGAGCCAGAGCCAGCGCCCGCGCCUGCAGCAGCUGAAGCCUCGGCUGCCGGAGGAAGUAUUGUGCCCCGAUAUUACGCCUCAAUCAUGGCUGUCCUCGGCGUGAUUGCCACUGUUAUGUUCCUUUGUCUUCUUCUUUUUUUUCCAACCAUGGCAUCGUCCAUUAUCUUCGUGACCUUAGCUUUACUUGCAGCAUUUGGUCCUGCAACAGUGAUGGGCAUUGAGUUCAUGGUUGGAGAUGACAGGGGCUGGACCCUCAACUUCGACUACCAAGCCUGGGCCGAGGGGAAGCAGUUCUACGUCGGCGACAAGCUCGUCUUCAUGUAUCCGCAGGGAGCGCACAACGUCUUGAAAGUCAACGGGACCGGUUUCCAACAGUGCGCGGCGCCGGCGGGCACCGUGGCUCUGACCACUGGGAGUGACGUCAUUCCCCUUUUGACCCCUGGGAGAAAGUGGUACAUAUGCGGCAUCGGCAACCAUUGUGCGGCCGGCAACAUGAAGCUUGUGAUAACCGUGCUACCAAAAACGGACUCGCCCACGCCCACGCACGCGCCCGCCCCUGCGCCUGUGCCUGCGCCCGCACCAGCAGCAGCCAAGUGCUAG